CGCCCGUUACUCUUCUUUUUUUCCCACUUUUGAUUGUCAUUCUCAAAUUUCUAGAAAUUUAAUCUUCCCUAUUCUUCUUCCUCUAACCUAAUCCCUAAUUUUCUACUCUAUUACUCCCCCAAACUCUUCCAUACACUUAAAAUUUUGAUUGUAGGAAGCGGAUGGCGUCAAGAUCAGUUGCCAAAGAUAUCAUCACUCUUCGCGGCUCAGCGGCAAUCGUGAGCGAGUUUUUUGGUUAUGCUGCGAAUAGUAUCUUUACAAUCGAGCGGUUUACCCUGAGGAAAGCUUCGCGAAAGUGAAGAAAUAUGGACUUCCGAUGUUGCUUACUCAAGAUGAAGGGGUGAAAUCCUUCAUUUCCAAUUUAACAGCCCAGCUUUCUGAAUGGCUGGAAGCUGGGAAGCUACAGAGAGUGGUAUUGGUUAUCAUGAGUAAGGCCACCAAUGAGGUGUUGGAAAGGUGGAAUUUUAGCAUUGAGACAGAUAGUGAAGUUGUUGAAAAAGGUGUGUCAAGAGAAAAGAGUGACAAAGAAAUCAUGAGAGAAAUACAGGCAAUCAUGAGACAGAUUGCUUCGAGUAUCACUUACUUGCCAUGCCUUGAUGAACCAUGUGUGUUUGAUGUAUUGGCGUACACUGAUAAAGAUGUUGCAGUGCCGUUCACUUGGAUAGAGAGCGACCCCAAGUUGAUUGCAAAUCCCCAGAUGGUGAAGUUGCAUUCAUUUGAUACCAAGAUACACAAGGUGGACACUCUCGUAUCGUACAAGAAUGAUGAAUGGGACGAGCAGUAGUGUGUGUGAUUUUGCAAGUUUGGAACUUUUCUUCUGAAAAAUCUGUGAAUCUUCUAUUCACUUACUACCGAAUUAUUUUGGUUUUGAAUGCAACCUUUUUACCG